UAAGACGAAUGAAUCUGGGAAGCAGCGAUAUGAUCCCGCAUGCGACAUCGCACGAUCGCACACGGUGAUUUAUAAUUAGAGAUGUCAGCGUAAAGAGUUACACAAUAUUUGGGUGUGUGCCGAUGGAGUUAGAAAUACGAUCGACAGUGUUAACGAUUCAUAAAUUCUCAUCCCAGAGUUAAAAUCGUCGAGUUAUACGUUUGGUGUGUCCAGUAGCUAAUUGCAGUUUAUUACAAUCAUUGAUAUACGUGCGUAUAAAUAUGGUUAUAUUUAGAGCGUGACCGAAGUUGCUCUUUUUCGGACGUGACGGAGUCGGCCAGCUAUAUUAUUUUUAGAGAGCGUUAAUUAAUUGUUAUAAACCCCUUUAACAAUGGAGGAUAUAUUUCACUGGUGCCGUGAAGGAAACGCGAUGCAAGUUCGCGUCUGGCUCGAUGACACCGAACAUGACAUGAACCAAGGGGAUGAUCACGGCUUCAGCCCGCUGCAUUGGUGCAGCAAGGAAGGCCAUUCAAAGUUGGCUGAAUUGCUCGUGAUGCGAGGUGCUCGCAUCAAUGCAACGAAUAGAGGAGACGACACGCCGCUCCACCUUGCUUCAGCACACGGGCAUAAGGACAUUGUUCAGUUGCUGCUGAGAAAUCGUGCCGAUGUCAAUGUGACCAACGAACACGGAAACACCGCUUUGCAUUAUGCUUGCUUCUGGGGUGAUCAGGCGGUGGCGGAGGAAUUGGUAGCCGCUGGAGCUUUGGUUUCCAUCGCCAACAAAGACGGUGAUACUCCGCUGGACAAGGCUAGAGGACCUCUGGCAAAAAGAUUGCAUGAUCUCGCCGUUGAAUACGGACAAGACUUGAAAAAGAUUCAUUUCAAGGAUCAAAGUUGGCUUGGAUUGAAAACCAGGAGCAGGGAUGCAACUUUGUCAAGACACAAAGGAAUCAAUAUGGCGGAUUUAUCGCUGCAUACUCACUUGGCGAGUAGUCCGAGCGGUGAAACCUGGAGAGGACGGUGGCAGAACAACGAUAUCGUGGCAAAAAUACUAAACCUCAGAGAAUGCACCUCUAGAAUAUCAAGGGACUUCAAUGAGGAAUUUCCCAAACUUCGAAUUUUUUCUCAUCCCAACAUUCUCCCAGUUCUUGGCUGCGUUAACCAGCCUCCACAACUCGCGACCGUCUCUCAAUACAUGGCCAGAGGCAGUUUACAUCGACUUUUACAUGGAGGAACUGGCGUCGUUGUCGAUACAGCUAGGGCGCUCAGAUUAGCAUUGGACGUUGUGCGGGCCAUGGCUUUUCUGCACGGGCUUGAAAGGCAGAGCAGAUGUAGAUUUCAUCUUAACAGUAAACAUGUCAUGAUAGACGAGGAUCUCACUGCAAGAGUAAACAUGGCUGAUUCUAAGUUUUCAUUCCAAGAAGUUGGAAGAAUUUACGAGCCCGCUUGGAUGUCUCCGGAAGCAUUGAACAAAAAACCGUCUGACAUUAAUCUCGAGGCCAGCGAUAUGUGGAGCUUUGCAGUCCUGCUCUGGGAAUUGGCAACCAGAGAAGUACCGUUCGCUGAUCUUUCCCCCAUGGAAUGCGGCAUGAAGAUCGCUAUGGAAGACCUGCGCGUCAGUAUUCCACCAGGGAUUUCUCCUCAUCUUGCGAAGCUGAUUCGCAUAUGCAUGAACGAAGAUCCUGGUAAACGUCCCUCGUUUGAUAUGGUCGUGCCUAUUCUUGAUAAGAUGAAACGCUGAUGGGUUACAAGAAACCACAUUGUGUUCAUUUAAUGUUCUUAUUUUAUAUACACACAUGCAUGUAUGUAUACGUCGUAACAAGCACCAAACUGCUGCAUUCUCUUAAUACAAUCUAACGUAAUAUAUAUAACAUCGUAUAACUUUUUCACUUGACUUAAUAAUAAUAAUAAUAAUUUGCAUUCACAUUGCAUGUUCACAUUGGUGCCUUGAAUAUUUGAAAUAACUGUAAUAUUUUUUAUAGAAUCUAUGUAUACUAUACAAAACUCCUGCCUCCAUGAUUCUUCCAACUUAUCCAAUGUUUAUUAUCAUAGACUUGAACCAUGAAUAUUUGUUGAACCAGUAUGUUUCACCGAAUACUCUCAGUAUAUUAUUCAUUAGUAUACAUAUUAUAUAUUUGUAUUAUACAUUUUCACUUUAUAUACCCGUAAUGGAUACUUGUAAGCUGGAGUUGAAAGCUUUAUCGUUGAUGCCUUUGUACAAAUUAUCAAUGUUUGAUUUUUUAAUAUUCUACCGAAGGUCUGAGUUGCGUUCUACACUGUUUUAUAUACACCUAUACAUAUAUAAUUCUUCAAAUGUUGAAUAUUUAUAUACAUAAAUAUAUUUAUAUUUAUUUGUCGAUGUCCGCUUCGUGGUGAAGAAAAAAAAAAAAAAAUUGUAUGUUGAAUUAAAUGCUUGUCUUGACCUGCAUCGUGCUUGCCACAAGGAAAUGUCUGCAAUACUCUGUAAUUGUCCUUGACAUUUCUUUUCGCAAUUUUUAACGCUAGAGAUUAAAACAAUGUGUAUUUUUAAGUCUAACGAUCUUGUCAAUUUAUGUUCAAGUUUCAUUAUUUACAAUUCGCCAAAAAAUAAAUAAAUCUCAACUAAAUCAUA